CGGAAAGCGAGCGAUAUAAACAAACUAUUGGUGAGCUGAGGACGGGUGAGUGUGGUAGUCGUAAGAGAUUUUGUCAUUGUGUUUAACAAUACACUGCACCUUCAAUAUCUAGGGGAAUGAAAUCAUACAGAAACUGGGAUGAUACAUAUGACCAAAUGAAAUGUGGGAACAGGAAUUAUAAUGAGACAAUGAAAUAACAAGUCCAUGAAACAGCCACACUGUGUGAAAGUGGCAUGGAAAGAGCUGGCAAUUUAUACCAAGGUCCUAAGGUCAAGCAUUGAUUACUGUCACAUCACAUUGAACAACUGGUAGUUUGUAAGUAUCAAGACCAAAAGGCAAAGGACACCACCAUGGCUGCCAGUAGAGAACCAAGAGACAUUAAGAGACUCAUGCAGGAGCAGAUGAAGAGCAAAGCCAUCACAAGACAGAUUGACUCACCACAUGCAAAAUACAAUAGCCGUGGACAGUUGAUGUGUGUGGUAUGUGGGACAACAGUGAAGAGUGCCAUUAUUUGGCAGGCACAUGUCAACAAACGGUCUCAUCAGGAGAAUCUGGCAGCUCUCAAAAAAAAGCAGCAGCAGCUUAAUACUAUAAGCACCAGUACCACCAGCAGCAGAGUCCCAAGAGAAGGAGAGAGUCGGAAGAGGCCAGCAUCACCUGAUACCCAUUCACACAACAAAAAAUCAGCUCCAUCUAAACCCAAAGGAAUUCUUAAAAAAGUUACCACAUAUUCUUCUUCUGAUGAAAGCGGAGAUGAGAAGCCAAAUGAAGUGCCACCUCCACAAGAAGAACAGCCAUCAUUGCCUGAAGUUAAAACAGAAAAUGGGCACACAGAAGCUCAUCCAAAUGGUGUUCCUGAGGGCUUCUUUGACUCUGAAAGGACCUCAUCUGUGCCACAGGAAGGGGAGUCAAUUUACAAUGAAAAGCCACCAAAACCAAAGCAUCCUCCAAAGCCUAAUACAAGUGAAGCUUUACCUGAAGGCUUCUUUGAUGACCCAGUGGCAGAUGCUAAGGCCCGCAAUGUAGAAUAUAAGGACAAAGAUGCAGAGGAGUGGCUGUCCUUCAUGAGGGAAGUCUCAGCUGCAGAACAGGAGAGCCGCACCAUUAUUGAGGAAGAUAAGGAGGAAGCAGCCCUUGCAACACAAAUUGAACAAGCAAAUGAACAAAUUGCUUGUUUAGAAAAAGUUGUAGAACUUGAUAAAAAGAAGACAACUCAGCUACAGGACAGGGGAAACAUGCGUGCAGGUUCUGGCGACAGUGAAGAUUCAAGUGACGAGGAAUUUGCACCUGUCAUAUGGAGGACAAAAAAUUCUCUAAUUUAAUUUGUAAUGGCCGAUGCUCCCACUGCUAAGAUGGCCACUCCACAACAUCUCCAACUUAGAAAUUUUUUUUAUCUAGAAAGGAUGUAUUGAAUGAACUUAGUGAUACAUAACUCAUCAAAAGAUAUUGUUUAGACCAUGCAGAAUGACACAGAGAGGAGCAACUCGCUAACCGCCAAAAUGAAUGUGAUCAUAACACUUAGACAUUGCUACUGGGAAAUGCAUUUGUACAGUAGUGAGGGCAUUGUAGGUGAUAGAGAGAGCCACAGGAAGCUUGGGAUUACUCCUGAGCACUGAAGCUUGUUUGUUUACAUCGAAGUUUUUCAGUGGGAUCACAUUUAACUUAUUUCGAAGAUUGAAUUACUGUCUUACCCUCUGUGUCUCUUUUCCAAAUAUAUAAAAGCAAAGGAAAUAUUUAUAGAAACUAUAAAUUAGCAAUAAAUGGCAGUAUCUGAAAUCAAGUAACUUUCUUCAAAAACCGAAUUAUGGUACAGCAACCAAAACAAUUGAGUUAAAAUUUUUGUUCUAAAGCUGAGUUGUUUGGAAAGGCAGACGUUUGGUAACCAAGGUUCCACUGUAUGUGUUUUAUAUAUUGCAACCAUUACUGGUGCCAGAAUGGACCCUUGCAGAGCUCUGCUCAACACUGUACCAUUCAGAUUUCUGAUUUCUAAUAACUAUCCUCAUUUCUCUGUUCUUUAAAGUCCAUUUCUGGAGACCAUCGUUCACUCCUGUGUUUUUAAUUUUUCAGAGUAAGUUCUUGUGAGCUGCUUUGGCAAAAACUUUUUUUUUUUUAUUUCUUUUAUGUCCAGGUAUAUACACUCUGCCCAUCUACCUGCUUCUUGAAUUAGAAUUUUCACUUGAGCUGAAGCAUAAUUGGUUCAUAGCACAUACUCGUAGUCUUCCUUUUCUAACACCAAACAGACAUUCAAAGUUUUGGUCCCCACCAGAUACUCAGUCCAUUUAUUCUUCACAGUUUACCUUUCAUUAAUGAUCUACAUAAUUUAGUGGAUCUUCUUUAUCACCUCUUAUGCAUCAGGAUAUCUGUUGGCUCCUUUCCAGUCUUGAGGAACCUUGCCAUCAUGCAGGAAAGUUACAAGUGUACAAUGUACUUCCUCUGCAAGCUGUUCACUGCAUUUCUUUGAUAUCCUGCCCAAUAUUCCAUUUGAUCUUGAUGCUUUCCUCACCAGUUUGUCAUAUUUCUUAUUUUUUGCUGUAUGUGGGAUGCCUCAUCAUACAAACUACACACUUAGUCUAUCCUAUUUUCACAUUUAAUUUUUAUUUUUCUUAUUAUAACCUUAUUAUCAGUCAUAAAAUGCAAUGACAGGAUUCAUCCUAUCUGAGCACCACUUAUGACUGUCAGAAGUCUGUCAUCAUCAUGACAACAUGGCCGUACAUACCAUAACAAGAUCCCCAGCUGUUUUUAAUUAUAAAUAUAACAAUAAAUAUUAGUAACUAUGAGUAAAUAAUGUCCUUUUUGAGGCAAUAAAGUAUUAUUAUAAAUAAUUGCCAGGAGCGGUACGAUCAGUUUUCCUAGACCUUGCCUUGUGUGGCCUAUGUGUGUCAGGCUGUCAGCCAUAAUCUUCUCCUUAUAUAUCAUGUUUCUUUUGAUUAGAUACACUGUCUAAUUUUCCCAAAAGACAUAAUAUGAAGUCAAAACAAUUUAAAUCCAAGAAUAAUGUCAAAAACCUAUUUCAUUCCAUAAAUUUAAAGUUGACAAAUUGUGAGCAUGCGUUCCAGUGGCAGAUGACGACUUGAGAUAUGACCGAUGACUUCUGAUGGCCAUAAGACUAACAGUUAUAAAGUUUGUUAGCUAUGAUGGUUAGCUAGGGUUGACCAUAAGCAUUAUGUAGAAUAUGGGCCCUGGCUUUCAUAUGGCCUGUAGUUUGGGAGUUGUGAUCAGCAUAACUUUAUCACUUCUUUAAACAUCUCUUGCUCUUAUCUGUAUUGUAAAUAAUUAACUUACAUCUCUAUCAUUUGUGCCUUUGUUCGUAAUUAAUUUUCGGUUUCCUAGCUUUGUUUAUGUGCUUUUUCAAGGGGAGUUAAUACACUACUGCUAAUGGGCUUGUCUCAUAUUAUGCAAUAUAUUAACCAGUCUCAUAUUAUGCAAUCUGUUACCCAAUGUUAUUAUAUGUAUAUGUGAUUAAAAGCCUCCAUCACAUUAUUGUAAAGGCUGUAUAAUCAUUUUGUGAUUCUAUGAAUAUUCUUUUUUGGUGAUAAGCAAUCUUCCAUUCAUACUCCUAGACCAUCCAUUUCCCACACUACAUGCAGCUUCCAACUCUGUUUCUUACUGUGAAUCCAUACAAGUCCAUUUGUUUCAGAUGUUGCAUCUCUUAGCAUUGAACUGCAGUUUUCAAACCAGUUAAAGUUUUAUGUUUUGAUAGCAGUUUACUCAGCAAUUUGCUUUAUAUUCAUAACAUUUAAAGAUAUAUUCAAACACUACUUACUCAUUUUAUCAGAUAUAUCAUGGAUAUACAAUGGACCUGUAUGUGCAAGCAUCAGGUAAUAGAUACCUUCACAUAUAAAAAUGCACUAGCUUGCUCUAUAAAUGAGGUGUCCCGUAUUAGAAGGGCUACUUGCACCACCCUGACCAAAACUGAGAAAACUGUGUAUAACAUAUUUAGCUUUCACCCAGGAGUGAGUGAAUGUACCAUCAGUAAGGUUGAAAAUUUAUACAAUGAGAAUAGUUUUGGUCUAGUUGACCAUCAAUGCAGGCACAACACUGUUGAGCAAUAUUCCAUGUUAGAAGGGCUGCCUUUCCAGGGUGAGUUAGUUAUAAUUCGGAAAAUUCAGAAUUAAUUCCUUUUGUGUUGGUGUCUUUGUUGAGACAGAAAGGAUGCUCCCAGCUUUUCUGUUGUGUAUUAGUAACUGGAUGAGAGGCCUUAAGUCAUUGCCCAGUUUCUUCACCAUUUUUCCACUUUAUGCUAUUGUUAAUAUUGUUAUUGUGUGUCUUAUAUUCCAAUAUUCGCAGAUUAUCAUUAUUUUGCUCAGUAUUCAGAGAGUAUUCAGUGAACUUCCGAAACUAUAACAUAAUUUGCAAAAGAUGUGAAAAAAAAAGCCUAAAACAUUCUUUGUGGCCAUCAUGAUUUUGAUUGUCAAGAGGUUAUUUUGAGACCAAGCUCAUUGUUAUAGCAUAUAUAAUAAGGAAGUUAUGGUUUUCAGAAGUUUGCCAAACUUAGAGCACAUUUUUCUCACUUCUUUAUUUGGGUAGAAGUGGCCCUUCUAAUGUGAGAUGCCUGAAAUGCCCCAUAACUAAGUCUGUACAUAAGUAAUUCAUACUUAAUAAGGAUGCAUGCAUGUGUAUCAGGAAUGUAAUUGAGGCAGGAACUGAACUUAGGAGCACUGUGACAGUUGAGGAAAUGGUACUCAUUUGUCUUUAUGUAUAAUGGGUACUGCCUUUUAAAUUGACUGAAUGUGUGUGUGUGUGUGUGUGUGUGUGUGUGUGUGUGUGUGUACGCGCGCAUGCGCACAUGCCCAGUAUGAUAAAUUUCCUCACAUCUGACACUAUAUAGCCAGAAAUACAAAAAGUGAUCAUUAGAAUCACCACCAUUUGGCUGGCCAUAUAGCUCAUGUAUUAGUUAUCAUAACAAAAGUAGGAUUCCCAUAUGGUUAUCAUUGUCUCAGAUACUUUUCUCUCCUUUGUUUGAUGACUGAACUAGGGUAAUUAGCAUGACAUUGCUAGCUAAGGGUCAACUUGAGGCAGACAGCAUUGAGCCAUGUUGAGUGAUCAUCAGGUGUUAUGUUUAACAUAAGAAGCUACCAAAAGAUGUCUUCAGUGUUGAAGACAAAACAAGAUCUCCUUUGUCUAAAGCUGAAACUUUGACUUGACAGUUAAAGUUUUAGCUUGAGCUUGGUACAGUAAAGAAGCUAGAUGGGGAAUAGAAUAAGGUGUGUGUGUCUAGUGAAAGCUGAAACUUUGACUUGACAGUCAAAGUUUUAGCUUGAGCUUAGUACUGUAAAGAAAGCUAGAUGGGGAAUGGAAUAAGGUGUGUGUGUCUAGUGAUGCUGAGGAUGUAAUUCACCUACAGUUGUGUGCUUGUCAUUCACACAAUGAAUCCUCUAUGGAAGGAGCUUAAGAUCUCAUAGUGACUGAUUUUUGGGAAGGGCGGAGUCCAUCCACACACUUCACACAAACUUGAAUGGUGAGGUCAUAGCUUCUUGGCUUACAUCUUGUACUCACUUGCUGAGCUAGGGCUAAACAUCAGGAGUUGGAGAACAAUGCCUAUCUGUUUUGCCACACCCAGAGCUCAAACUUGGGCCUUCUUGGUUGUGAGCUUGGCAUGGUAACCACAAUACUGCGUAGUGCAUGUGAGUGUAGCAGUGCUGAGGGUGUGUGUCUACUAUCUUUUUCAGACCCUAUGAAGUAUAGUUUUUCACAGUUAUCUUUUAAACAAACUGUUGGAUCAGUAUGACAUUUUGGCAUAGCUUUGACACUGCCCACAACUUUAUAGCAUUACAGUGCAUUUCCAGGUGUGUUUCAUUAACCCCUAAAAGACCGGUGUUGGUGAUGAUUUUCGUCCCGAUAGGAUUGGCUCUCCAGUGCUAAAUGUCGAAAAUAGUCUGUAUUCACACACACCUUAAACUUAGCCUGCAGUGGAAAAGUGAAUGAAAUAGACUUUGUACUCAACAUUAAGUCUUUCUCUUUCUAACAACAUCCAAAUGUCUCUACAUGCAGUGGUUAUGGAGAGUCACUUGCCUGCCAUGCAUCUGUUUCACCUGAUUGGAUAUGGCUCUGAACUACAAAAAUUUACAAAAUGUACCUGUUUUAGCAUAAAUAUCACAGUGGUUGUAACCACUUAGUUAAGUGGCUAUAGCUGCAUCCGGUCCUUUAGGGGUUAAGGAGGUUACUUUUGUCUUUGAAGGAGCUGACAGGAGCUGUCAGGAGCUGAGUAGACAUUCGGACAGGGAAAGGUUUUACGUGACAUAGUUGUGAUGUGUAUCACUUAACCAUCUCUCCCACCACUACUGUUUUUCCCCUCCCUCUCUCCUUUUCUUUCUCUCUCCUGUUGACAUUCCUGACCUAACAUGUACUACAAGUGACAGACCUCCUAACAAAGUAUGCAGUGGUCAUACAAAUUUAAUGCUUUCCAUCAUCAUACUAAAAGAUGUUGACAGUUGAAAAUUAGUUAAAGUUUAUAAAAUAAGAAAGUGCACAUUGAAAAGUGUCUUUUUGAUAAUUUUUCAUCACUUGCAAGGAAUGGUGAUAUAUGCAGCAUUAUCCAGAAUUGCUUCAAAUUGAUUUCAACACUUACAAGUUCAGAAAUGCUGUCCAAUCCCAUGUUGUCUUCACACAGUCACAUCAGGUAAAAUCUAAUCUGUCUAAAUGCCUAAUUGGCUCUCACCUUCAAAGCUAUGAAUAAGUUCUUUAAUCAAACACACACUGUACCAGGGUUGGAGGGAAAGAAAGAAAGAAAAAAAACAAAAAACAAAUAAAAAAUAAAUAACAUCAAAAUUUAGCUCUAUAUUAUAUUGAUAAAUAAGGUGUAUAUAUCUACAUAUACAUAAAAAAAAAUGUAAAUGUAGUCAAGCCUGAGCCAUUCAUUUCCUGUACAGUACAAGUUAACAUAGGCUUUGUCCAACUGGACCAGCCUGUAUCAGCAUUAUCUAAACAAGUGUCUGAGCUUCAUUAAUAGUGUCAAAGUCUUUAAAGAUCUAACUCCUCUUGUGACUUCUGGCAUAUAACCAAAAACAUCUCCAAUAACUUUGCUUCUUCAUCUUUCCCUCCUGAUGGCACUACUGCCAUCUCAUCUAAAGCUGAACUCUUAGCUCAAACCUUUGAUAAAAACUUUACCUUGGAUGGUUUGUUUCUACUCCUCCUCCACCCUCUGACUACUUCAUACUACCCACUAAAAUAUGCAUAUUCUCACUGGCCCAAACCCUUGGAAGGCUUAUGGACCUGAUGGAGUCCCGCAUUGUUCUCCAGUACUGUGCUUGCACCUUGCCCAGUCAUACUCUUCCUAGUCUGUCUAUCAAUAUCUGCCUUUUCUUCUUGCUGGAAGUUUGCCUACAUUCAGCCUGUUCUUAAUAAGGAUGACCAUUCUAAUCCCUCAGACUACCAUCCUAUUGCUUUAAUUUCCUGCCUCUCAAAAGUUUUGAAUCUAUCCCUAGCAGGAAGAUUCUGAAGCAUCAAUCACUUCACUAUCUGAUCACCAGUAUGGGUUCCAUCAAGGCCACUCUAUUGGUGAUCUUUUGACUUUCCUUACUAAGUCUUGGUCAUCCUCUUUUAGGGAUUUUGGUGAAACUUUUCUGUUGCCUUAAACAUAUCAAAAGCUUUUGAUAAUCUGGCACAAAGCUUUUAUUUCCAAACUACCCUCCUAUAGCUUCUAUCCUUCUUUCUGUAACUUCAUCUCUAGUUUCCUUUCUGGCCAUUCUAUUGCUGCUGUGGUAGACUGUCACUGUUCUAAAUCUAUUAACAGUGGUGUUCCUCAGGGUUCUGUCCUGUUACAUACUCUCUUCCUAUUAUUCAUCAGUGAUCUUUUAAACCAAACUUCUUGUCCUAUCCACUCCUAUGGUGAGGAUACAAACCUGCACUUUCCCAUGUCUUUUUGUUUAUGUCCAACCCUUCAGGAAGUAAACAGAUCUCACAGGGAAGUCACAAAAUGCCUGACUUCUGAUCUCUCUAAAAUUUCUGAUUGGGACAGAGCAAACUUAGUAUUGUUCAUUGCCUCAAAACUCAAUUCCUCCAUCUAUCAACUUGACAACCUUCCAGACAACUAUUCCCUCUUCUUCAUUGACACUCAACUGUCCCCCUUUUCUACACUGAACAUCCUCAGUUUGUCCUUUACUUGUUAUCUAAGCUGGAAACUUCACAUCUCAUCUCUAGCUAAAAUAGCUUCUAUGAAGUUAGGUGUUCUGAGUUGUCUCUACCAGUUUUUCUUAUCCCCCCCCACCCCCAAGCAACUAACUCUGUACAGGGGGCCUUAUCCAUCCAUGUAUGGAGUAUGCUUCACAUACAUGGGGGGGGGUUCUACUUAUACUGCUCUUUUAGACAGGAUGGAAUCAAAAGCUUUUCAUCUUUACUCCUCUUCUCCAACUGGCUGUCUUCAGCCUCUCCCUCAUUACUGCAAUGUUGCAUUUCUUGCUAUCUUCUACCACCAUUUUCAUACCAACUGCUCUUCUGGUCUUACUAACUGCAUGCCUCCCCUCCUCCCGCAGUCUUGCUGCACAAGACUCUCUUCCUUCUCUCACCCCUGUUCUGUCUGCCUCUUUAAUGCACAUUAGAGUUAACCAGUAUUCUCAAUCAUUCAUUCCUUUCUCUGGUAAACUCUGGAACUCCCUGCCUGCUUCUGUAUUUCCACUUUUCUAUGACUUAAACUCUUUCAAGAUACUUAACCUGUAAUUUCUGUCUAGAACUCUUUCAAGACACUUAACCUGUAAUUUCUGUCUACCACUUACAACUCUGUUUGGGGACUGGCACCUCAGUGGGCCUUUUUCAUUGUAUUUAGGUUGCUCUUGACCAGUCCCCCAUCCUACAUGAAAAGAAAAAUUCUAAGCUUUUUCACUUUAGAUUGCUUUUUAAUUGCUUAUUCAAACUGAUUUAUGUAUAAAUAUGAAGAAUAAACAAAAAAUGAAUAACCCCCCAAAAACAAAAACCCAGUGGGUUGGAUUAAAAAUAAAAAUAAAUAAAAAAAUAAUAUAUAUAUAUAUAUAUAUAUAUAUAUAUAUAUAUAUAUAUAUAUAUAUAUAUAUAUAUAUAUAUAUAUAUAUAUGGUCUGAAAUGGAUAGUAGUGGUGUGUGUGUGUGUGGUGAUGGUGUACAUGUGUGUAUGCAUGUGAUGCCAGGGUGUGUGUGGUGCUGAUAGUGCACAUGUGUGUGUGUGUGUGUGUGUGUGUGUGUGUGUGUGUGUGUGUGUGUGUGUGUGUGUGUGUGUGUGUGUGUGUCCAAACCAGAGACCUAAACUUUUUGAUGCCAGAAAUUUGUUUUAUAGUAACACAAAAUAACACAAGAUGUGAAAAUCACUUGAAAUGUCUCCAUAAAUAAACAAUUAUAUUAUUAUACACACCAGUUGAGGGAUUCAGCAUCCAAAAGAUGUUAAGCAUUACAUUGAAUUAAAGUUUGCCUUCAGCCACACAAGUGGUUUGGCUGACACAGGUAUGAUUUUGUUAUAAGCUACAAUGUAGUCAUAUUUGGUUUUGAUAGAGCUCAGUGUAACUAUUAAGAAGAUUAAUUUCUUAGUUUAGUAUAUAGGUAAUUACAUCUGAACAUUAAUACAAUAGAUGCAAUUGAUAAUGUGGAUUUGGAAACUGUAGUGCCACGCUCCACACAGCAUUUUGGCUAAAAAACAUUACAAAGUGCCAUACAUUAUUUUUUACAAUAUAUGUGGCAGACAUGAAUGUCACACUAUUUCACAAGUAGGUAAGAAUGCAGAUCAAUAAAAAUAUAUAGCUUUAAGUGAUAAGUAUCAGUAAAUGCAUAAAAUAACAAAUUAUGAAUAAUGGUAAUACACUAAUAAGUAAGUUGCAAUAAAGGAAAAGGUAACAGUAUAAUCUGUUUAUCUAGACUACAUAAUAAUGUGUCAAUGAUAGAGAGAGAGAGAGAUGUGUUAUUGAGAGGAGAGGAGAGAAGCAAUCAAGUAGUCAUUAUUGCUGAAAAGUGGGCUGUGCCUCAGACCAUGAUCUACACAAUGGCUGCUUGGGCAAAAGUGGUGCCUUACCACAGAGGCCUUCUUACUUUCAAUGUUUGAUGCUGUCUACUGGAGGAAGGGUAUAUAUAAUUAAUUAAAACAUUUUGAAUAUGAUGAACAUUUGGAUGGAGAAACCCUCAGAUUAAAUAUGCAUACUGAUAAUGAGGCAUCUUUUCUCCAAGAAAGUUUCCACAGUAGAACUUUUCACAUUUAUGAGCUUCCUUGCAUACAAUGCCACAUUUCCUACAUUAUUUUUUCAAUAUUUUUUUCCUCACAUACAGUAUAUAGUUGUCUAAUGAAUAUCUUCAAACUCUGCCAUAGUUUUUCAAAAUCACAAAAAGUUAUUAGGAAUUGAGCUUGGACAUUAAUUGUAAAUAUUUCUGAUAUGAAACAGUUACCAUUAUGAAAUACCAACCAUACAUUGCUACUGUGGUAAUACUGUUGUCUAGCCAACCAUAAUAUUUUGCUUGCUAGUGUGCUGUCAAUUAUAUCUUUUCCACACUAUCUUCUUAGGAGCACAAAUUACUUCCUGGUUGAUUUCUAUGAAUGCUUAACCCUAUUUCACAAAAAAAAGGUUACUGAUACUGAUUAGUUUUUUAUUCAGAUGUGCUAUUUCUUGUUAAAUUAACAUAUUGAAUUGUAUUCCAGAGUUCUUUUCUAAAAAAAAAAAAAAUUAUAAAUGUUCUACUCUUACAUAUCAGUAUCUUAACAAAAUCAAAGUAAAAGUACAGCAAAUCUCUGCUCUGAUUAAGGCUAUAUAAAUUAUGUAGCACAAAUGUUAUAGAUUAAUAAAACUGAAUGUUUAUUUUUAUACUGGCAAUAAAAAGCAAGACAAUAAUGAUGUGACUUUUCUCCCUGAAAUUCCUGCAUUCUUGAAAGCUGAUGACACAAAAAUAUUAAAUUACUUAAAGUUUUAACUGAAAUUCAUCACCUCUAAUUGUCUUUGAAACACUGAGCUCCAGUAAUAAAUCCCCAAAGUCAAACUGAUAUUGAUGGACAAACCCUGAAACUAAAUACAGUACAAAAAUUUCAGUUAGAGGUCAUAUGAAAAUAUCAACAAAGUGAAAUAAAAGACAAAUAUUUUGCUUUUCCAGACAGUAAUAGCAGCAGCAGCAGCAGCAGCAGCAGCUGCAGCAGCAACAGAAUCAACAGCAGAACAGCUGGCAUGACCCAAGAACCCAAAUAAGGUUGUAAGGUCUCCAUUAACGACUCCGAGGUUUAAGUUCAUCGUAGCACGACCUCAGGAAUAUAUAAUUUUUCUUCUGCGGAUUGAAAUAUUCGUGACCCUGGAAAAAAUAUUUGAUUGGUAACAUGUAAGCUCCAUGAUUUUCUUUGUAACAGAAAAUAAACAUACAAAAUGAUA